AUGCAGCUCAGCCCACGUCGCCAUGAGUUGCUGUCGGUCUACAUGUUGGGUUUCGGUACAUUGUUCCUGUACCUUGGCUAUCACACACAGGCCUUCAUCAGUGAAUCGAUAAUUCAUUCUGUACAUUUGAGAGAUCCACAAAGAAUAUCUGGAUAUGCUGGAUACUAUGGGCAGGCGAUCCACUACAGUGCGUUCGCACUAUCGAGCCUUUUCACAGCUUCACUUCAACAUUAUCUUGCAUCAAAGUGGAUGCUUGUCCUGGCCACGGUGUUCUUCGCAGUUUAUCAUCUGGGAUUCUUCUACAUCAACACGUAUUACUUCUACGGCUCACAAAUUUUGAUGGGAUUAGCGGCUUCAUUGUACAAUAAUGGAGAAGGAGCAUACUUGGCAGAGCAUUCAUCAAGACGAACGGUCGAGUCAAAUUCUGGGAUUGAAACAGCCGUCGGACACACAAGCAUGCUGAUAGGUGGUAUCGCCUUAAUGCUUGUGUUCAACAUCCUACCAGCUGAGAUAUCCGAAAAGCAAGAGACUCAUUUCCGAUCCUUCUCCGAGAAUCACAUCCAGGCCAUCUACGGCACCUUAUUCGGAUUAUCGCUUAUUUCCACGGUAAUAUUUGCUCUACUUCCCACAAAGCAAUACGAUAGUAUCGCCAGCAACUCACCACGAAUCAUACCGAGUUUUAAAGAUCAAAUAAAGGGACUGGCGAAGACCUCCAUUCAUCCGAACAUGAUUCUAUUGACAUUCACUUUCCUUCAUAUGGGGCUGCUUGUCUCAUUCUUCUUGGGAAUUUAUCCAACAUCUCUGUCUUUCACGGCUUCAUUAGCUCAAGACGUCUACAUUGUCGCACUUUACAGUUGCUGUGCUGGAAUGGCAGAAGUUUUCGGUGGUGUCUUUAUUCGUCCACUUAUCAAACUGUGCCAUUCGUACAAGUUGAUCGUCUCCGUUGCGCUACACUUUGUCACUGUCGUUGUUGCAUUAGUGCUAUUUCAACUUUCGGUUCCAGAAAGGGCAACUAUAGAGCCGACUCAUGCCGAUGCGUUGUGGUUCACACCAAGUCGGACAAUGGCAUGUGUAUUCGGAUUCCUUGUUGGUUUGGCAGAUUUCACGUUGACAAUGGCUAGAGCAGUGAUUUGCCAAAAGGCUGUCCCACAACAUCGCAUAGAGGUCUUCUCACUGACAAGAAUUCACCAGUGCAUCGCAUCGUGCAUCGUUCUAUUUCUGUCGCCAUAUAUGACCGUGACAAUCUGGACGAUAUUGCUGUCGACGAGUCUAGUCAUCGGUUCCAUAUGCUUUGUAGUGGUGAUUAGGAGGACAAACACAUCGGAUGAUGUUGUGUCCCCAGUGGAACGAACAGAUUCACAACAGAAAGUCAGCGUCUCGAGCAUCGCCUAA